CGCCGAAACAUGUGAAGAAAACAUGGGGACUCUGUUAUUUUGAUAUUUAAGUAUUGCUUAUCUAAAUUCACAUAACGUUUAUUAGCGAAAGUGUAGCUUUAAAUACGUUACGAGUCUGUGCGUAGCUAAAAGUAGUAGCUAGCUUUACCAGCUCGCUUAACGUUACUUUUCGGUUGUUUUACUAGCUUUCAGCGUGCUAACAGUAUGGAUAACACGGAGGAAAAUGCGAUUGACAUCCACGGAGAUGAGGAAAUUAUUGAGGUUAUCGACCUAAACGACACGGAGCCUGGUCCCGAUGAUUUGGCUGACAACUUGGAGGACGUCGACUUUGAAGAGCCUGAGAACGCAGAUGAUGAUGAUGAGGGCUGGGAGACGGAGGACGAUAUGGAAGCAGAGGCAGAGCAAGAUGACAGCGAGCUCACCUUCUCCAAACACACCGGCUCUGUGUUUUGUGUGAACUUGGAUCCAGCCACAAACACCCUGGCGGUAACAGGAGGAGAGGACGAUAAGGCGUACGUUUGGAGGGUGAGCGACGGAGAGGUUCUAUUUGAGUGCACAGGCCACAAAGACUCUGUGACGUGCGCCGUGUUCAGCCACGACUCCGCCCUGGUGGCUUCGGGCGACAUGAGCGGCGUGAUUAAAGUCUGGAAAGUGGAGACCAAACAGGAGAUCUGGUCCUUCGAAGUGGGCGAUCUGGAGUGGUUGGAGUGGCAUCCGUGUGCUCCGGUGCUGCUGGCGGGAACAGACGACGGCAACGUGUGGAUGUGGAAGAUCCCCUCAGGAGACUGUAAAACCUUCCAGAGCUCUGCAUGCCAGGCCACCCGUGGCAAAGUCCUUCCCGACGGUAAACGGGCUGUGGUGGGUUAUGAGGACGGAACAGUGCGCGUGUGGGAUUUGAAGCAGGGCAAUGCUAUCCACGUCAUUAAAGGUCAGGACGGACACAAGGGGGCGCUGACCUGUCUGGCGUGCAACAAGGACGGCUCUCUGGUGCUGACGGGGUCAGUGGACGGCUGCGCCAAACUCAUUAACACGGCAACGGGCAAGGUGGUCGGAGCUUUCUGUGUGGAUGGAGGCGUAGCCAAAGGAUCGAACGACGAUGAAGAAUCCAACUCUGUUGAGUCUGUGGGAUUCUGCAACAUCCUGCCUCUCAUAGCUGUAGCUUACCUGGACGGGACUCUGGCCAUAUAUGAUGUCUCCACACAAGUCUUGAGGCACAGGUGCCAACAUGAGGCGGGCAUUGUUCACCUGCAGUGGGAAGAGUCUUCCUCCGUGGUGUCCACCUGCAGUUUAGACGGAGCGCUGCGCCUGUGGGACGCUCGCUCCGGCAACAUGGUGUCAGAGUACCACGGCCACAACGCAGAGAUCCUCGACUUCACCGUCAACAGGGAAGCGUCCCUCGCUGUAACCGCCUCAGGAGACAACCAGUCGAAAGUCUUCUGCCUCCAAAGGCCCGAUCGGUAAAGAGCAGGAGAGAGCGGGAAGAAAAGGAGACGGAGAGGAGACAUUUCAGGAAAUAUAGCAAAAGACAUUUGAUGAUCAGACUUUUUGUUCUCUGACACAAGAGAGCACUUUCUCCUUCUCCUCAGGAUUUUAAUAUGAUGUGUGGUGUUACCAUCUUAUCUGACAGGCUUCAGCUGUGCUCGGUGUAGCUUAAUUGGUGCAACUAAAGUAGCUGAGAAAGAGUUUUUUGGUCUGGUUUGAAUGACCAAUACAGAUCUUCUUGUCUACACCAUCCUUUAUAACAAGCUGUUCCUCAUUACUUUAUUCGAGUUACACUCAUAUGCAAGAAUCCAUGAGAGACUAAACAAAGUGAAAUUCAAAGAGUGAUGCAUUAUGUGUGUCCUGCCUUUGACAUCCCUUUUUAAUGUUCUUUUAAUGUUCUGUCCUCCACUACUUAGAGAUGAAACAGUAAUUAAAAAGGGGAUUUUCCUUUGGUCUACAUCAUCUUUUUUUUUUCCAUAAUUGGAGUUUUGUUUGCAAAAUUUCUCCCCCGAGGGUGUGCGUGUGGUCUUCCAGCUCUGAGACUGAGUUAUCUCGCCAAAUUUUAAUGUAAAUACAAUAUGAUAAGUAAUAUACUUUCUUCUUGGUAACCAUUAAAAUCAUUUUCAGUC